AUGCGACUUCGUUUGCACAAAUUGAGGCAAGCUGAAGCGACUUUAAUCGAAUAUACAAAGAGCUUGACAUCUCCUUUUGGACCUACUAAAAGAGUACCAUGGUCGAAAGGUGAGAAAAAUUGUGUACUAGAAACCUUUGGUGAAUAUGUUCAAAAACAUAAUCUACCCAAAGCAAAAGAUAUUGAAGCUCUUAAAAGAAGUCAUUCCGUCCUUAACAAUCGUUCUAUUGCGCAAAUCAAAACUUGGUUGAAUAAUCAGCAACAAAAAUUUCGUUCAAGGCAUAAUACGCGAAGUAAAAUAAAAAAUUGUUCAUCUUUAGAAGUUCAUCGAUUGAUAUUAGAAGAAAAAAUAUUAUCAUGUUCACAGGACGGAUUGGCAAUUAAAAAUUUUCCAGGAAAAGGACGUGGAAUAAUAACAAAACGUGCUUUUUAUAAAAACGAAUUCAUUGUUGAAUAUAUUGGCGAUUUAAUUAAAGAAAAACUUGGUUAUCAGCGUGAAAAAUAUUACGAGCAAAAUGGAAACUAUGGCAGUUAUUUAUUUUUCUUUGCUCAUAAAGAUCAACGAUACUGCAUUGAUGCUACAAUCGAAACCGACAGAUAUGGCAGACUAAUCAACCAUUCACGUAAGGGACAAUUAAAACCUAUAGUAGUACCACAUUUAAUGUUUGUUGCAAAGCAGGACAUUUUAAAAGAGAAAGAAGUCACAUAUGACUAUGGAGAUAGGCGAUGCACAGUACUAGAGAAUAACCCCUGGCGUGAGAAAACCUUGGCUAAAGAUACUAUCUUGUCUACCAUGGGAGAACCAUGGCUAAAGACUCUACCAUGUCUAGCGUGGGAGAACCUUGACUUAAGACUCUACCAUGUUUAG